AUGUCUUCAAGGAUUCUAGGCCAGGCGGCGACGCGUGAAGCCUUGGCCACGGCUCCCGCCUCCUGGGGCCAGGACUUGCUGGAGAAGAGCGAGAAGGCUCUGGAGAAGUGGGGCUGCGUGCUGCUGCGUGGGCUGCUGACACCCGAGGACGUCAUCAGCCUUCGCAAAGCCUUCGGGCUGGGAGGCCAUCCUGGGCCGAGGGAGUUUGCACCGCCACGCCGGGCAGCAGAGGUUGGUCUGUGGGUGCAGCAGCAUGAUCCAAACGUAUCCAUGGGCCGCUACACCUUCGGUCGGCUGCAUCUGCUGCUGCGAGGCUCUCCGGAGUAUGAGCCUGCUGCUGUCUCCCCGCAUGCAUCACUGGCACCUCUGGUGCACAAGCACUUCGAGAUCCAGGACAUGGCUGGCCGGCGAGUCUUCCUUUCUGAGGCGCAGCUGGUGAUCGCGGAUCCAUUUGCCGAAGUUCAGCAGUGGCACAUGGAUGCUGCAUCAGGACGAGGACUCUCCGUCUUCCUGCCCCUUCAGAAUGUGGCAGCAGAUCGGGGCCCGCAGGAGUUGCUGCCCGGGACACAUGCGCUCCACGACUACCGACGUGGCCUGCAGGAAAGAUUCCGGGACUGCUUCCGCAGCCUUUGUGCCACGCACGGCACAGUGAAGACUGCUGAAGGUGCUGAGGCUCGACAUGGGCUCCAGGGUGGGAGGCUGAAAAUCAGUAGUUCACCUGCAAUGCGGGCCUCGUCCUUGCCAAGUAGGAGGGAAAAGUAG